AAACCAUGGCAUUGACAUCAGAUUCCCAACCACCCCCAAGUCGAUCUCGUACAUCUUCCACAUCCACCUAUUCAUUCCCCCGCACCAGCUCACCUACAAAGGAGUCUACCUCCAUCAAACCCACAUCAAACGCGGUAAAACCAAACGCUCAUCCAUACGCUAUAAAAACGACAUCUACCGGCGUACUUUCGCGUUCUUCUUCCUCACCGCAUCACCAAGUUCAUAGUACCGCGCUUACGCAGCAUCACUAUGUACCGGCUACGCCUUCUUCAAGUGGUCAGGUGUCCCCGACGAAGUAUAAGCCUCACAGAGAGAGCAGGCAUAGAUACAGUCGGAGCUUGACUUCGGAGGAACCCAAGUCUUUGCCUGUACCCCCUUCCAGAUCCCCUUCUCCCUCACCCGCGCCCGGGGGUGCAGAUGAAGAAGACGAUAAUACCCCGCGCAUGCGUCCAAGGACGAAACGCGCUGAUACCCUUCCUUCGUCUAGCAUACCCACCCUCGAACUACCAGAAGACCCCAAAACGUGGUCACCGACACACCUAGCCGCGUACCUCUCCUCUCCUCUCCGCGGUGGGGAGGUUCCGACGCGUGAAAUCGUUGCAUUCGUUAAGGAGAGACAGAUGACGGGGAAGAUGUUUUUGAGGUUGAAUGAGGGUGAUUUGGAGAGCUCCGAACUACCCAAACCCCAUCAAGCCCACCUCCUCUCCGCCUCCCGCUCCCUCCGUCAAAACGCCCUCCGAGGCCGGAUAUGGGGUAGCCAUAACUUCCCACAACACGACGAUUUUUCCUCCAACUCCGCCAACGUCGACAUGGGCAGGAGGAGCAGGAAGACAAGCGUCGAUUCUUCUAAUGCCAAUGGGAACGGGAGAGUAAAAGACAUGAUAGCCUCUCUCGAACGACCUCCAAGCUCAGACGACGAUGACGACUACGUGGGGAGGAGGUCAAGUUCACCGAAUAAGAACCAACGCCAUUCCACAACGACGGCUUAUUCCCCUUCGAAAGAACCCGCUUCCCAUUCCUAUUCGUAUUCUUAUUCGCCAAACAAGACGCAGCGCGCACUUCCUUCGCGGGGGACCGUACAUGAUUUAUUCUCCGUUCCCAGCCCUGGUGUUAGUGCUAGGGAAGACACGCGAACGGAAGGAGGAGAAGAAACUAUCAAAUCCCCACACCAACACCAAGCUCGGCUCCUACCUUACCCGCCCCUACUUACGCCCGUGCACACCGGCUCUACUCCGAAUUUAAUGGACGCAGCGGGGUUGUAUGAGCUCGGAUAUCGGCUCCCUCUGCCUUUAUCGUCCCUUCCAACAGGAUCGUCAAGUGCCAUUCCGAUUCCCCUGGGCGUAGGCGGCCCAGGGCAACAUGCGCGUCCGCUUCCUCUUCCACCACAUACCGGACACCACCUUCCCAUAGAGCCCCUGAAGAGAGAGGGCGUAGCGACGACGGUGACGGUGUCUGAUUUUGGGAGUGUGAUACAUCAUCCUAGACCCAGGCCUGGUGUUGGUGUGGGUGUUGAGGGGUUGGUUGGGUAUUUCGAUGUUCCGAGUGAUGACGUUCCUUCUUCGUCUGAUAACCUUCACCACGCUGGUGCUGCUCCCAAGUCAGAAACAGAACCCGAAACUAAACCCGAACCCGAACCCGAAACGGAGACGGAAACGGAAGGAGGGUACGACACUGCUCCAUCUCCAUCUCCGUCUGAAGGUGAGGACGAAGACGACGGACCGAGCGUGGCGGACCUCCUCCUGUCCCACCACCCUAUAACAGGAGCAGAGGCGUGGGAGUUGGAGUUGGGUGAGACUGUUAAACGUGCUGGGUCUGCUGCUGGCGUUGGGGUUGUUAGGACGGGCAGGGGGAUGAACUUGGUUCGUGCGGGUGUUGGUGAGGAGGAGAACGAGGGGGAUGGAGGGAAAAGGAAGGAGAGCGCGAAAGACGAAGAAGAGAAAUUAAACAUAAACGCAAACGCAAAUGAGGGGGGAAAGGAAAUGGAAAAUGAAGACGUGGGAGAUUUAGAGGACAAGAAACCGGAUUUAUGGAGUGUUUUUGAUCUUGAGCCGCCUCGUGGUGUGCGAGGAACGUUAGUGGGGUCUGUGGAUGGUCCUUCAGCUGUGGAUCUGGGUGCGAACGAUGCCGUGGACUCACACUCUGCCGUGGACUCAAACUCCGCCGUGGACUCGCACCCCCUAGAGCCUCGAGAUGUCGAUGACUCUUCAGCUCUGGAUCUGAGCCCGCACACAACAGACCAAGAUUCGACAGAACACGACCUCGCAACUCGCCACGAAGCCCUAAAUCAACAUGAGCUCGCACUGGCGGCUCGACAGGCGAGGAUUGAGGGGAUGGAGGAGAGGGUUGGGGAGAUGCAGAGGGCUGUUGGGUAUCGUGAGGAUGCGGUUGGGCGACGUGAGGAGGCUGUUGAAAGGAGGGAGCGAGAGGUGCAGGAACGGGAGGGGGCGGUUGAGAGGAGGGAGGAGGCUGUUGGGAAGAGGGAGCGAGAGGUGGAGGAGAGGGAAGGGAAGGUCGGCGUUUUGGAGCAAGCGGUCAACGAGCGGGAACGGGUACUCGAUCAGAGAGAAUUUGAGCUUGAGGAACGUUCCAAGCGGGUUGAAGAGCUCCAGGAAACGCGUGAUGCUCUCAACGCGUCGACUUUAUCGAAUUCAUGGCCCAUCACUCUUUUUCGGUCUGUGGUCUUUCGUGUGCUUGGCGACAAGACGCCUUCCUACCUCUUUUCCUCCUCCUCCUCCUUCAACUCGAAUGCUCCCACCACCACUACCCCUCAAAGAAGACCCCGACGCGACUGGGAAGCGCGACGCGAUUUGUACCUAUCAACAGGCGGACACGGGAGUUACCUCGUUCUCGUGGGGAUUGGCGUGUGUGCUGUUGUGUUGAAGGUGCUUGUGAGGAGGUUGACUGGGGUUGGGAUGUGGAGUUGGUUGAAGAGGAGGGGGAGGAGGUAGCGUUGACUCAAUUUGAGGGUGGGAGAUGCUUUGCGGUCUUAUGACUUUACGACUUUUACGACUUUUCUAAGUUCUUCACGAUCUUUUUUGACUGACGCUGAUGAGGAAUUCAAUAAAUGAAUGUGAGCAUAUGCGAGCGUUUUGGGUUUUUUGUUCGUGUACAUCCCUUACUUAUUAUACCUUAUGUAUCGUUUGAAUCUUUGA